UUUGUUUACCAAUGGUGGCCGCGCCACCCGAAAGGUCCGACUCUUCGAAAGGAACAUGCGCCCACAGGAUACCGAACGCCCAACAGAAUCAUAUGGGGACACUCUAUCGGUGAUUUCUAUUUUAUCCAGCGCGUUCCCAACACGGAUGUCGUGACGAUCUGGUCGCGAUCCAUGAUCGACGAGUUCGGAGAGAACUAUGCCAGUGAGGCGUUCGAGAUGGAACCUCACCCACGGCUACGCAGGCCAUGGCCUUUGUUGCAAAUUCCCAAGGGACAUAUGUUGGAUGAUCACUAUGGCAUUCCCGAUGAGGGAUCGGAGCACGGCGGUUGCUUUGAGCGGAUCGUAGACGAUGAAGAGGAAGGAGAUCACGCCACAUAUAGAUCGUUAAAAGAUCUUCAUGUGGACUUGAAGGCUGAGGUGGCCAGUGCUGAUAAAGGGGACCACGAAAUUCUGGCGGAGAUGCCUCCAGCAUUAGAAGAGUUCAUCCCAAACGAAUAUCUGCCUGAUAUAAUUCUUGUUGAUGAUACUCAAAGGAGGGUGAUCGACCUUUCCUACCACGAUACAGACGACGAGACGCGCAGGAAGCUGUCCUCAAUGCCUUUGAAAUACAGUCGCGUUCUUCCUUCACUUGAAAACCCUGAGAGCACCAUAAAGCAUCAAGAAGACGAAACGGUAACGACAACGGAAAAAGGACGACAAGACAAACCUGCGCACGAGCUCCGAGUGGCGCGCCUGCGUCUCAAAGCUGAGAAUAAACUUGGCUCCGGCCAUCACUCUGAUGUCUAUCUGGCUCCAUUGGAGCUCCCGAAACCUCUCACCGCGCGCACGCCGUCUGGAGCAGUUGCUGUUGCGGCAAAGCUAGCUUAUCCACGAAGUGAGGCACGAUCUCUGCUUGAGAACGAGGGCAUCAUCUACAAUGCGUUUCCGCGACACCUGCAGGAAGAGUGGUGCGGGUACAAUCUCGUCCCGCCUAUCAAACACCCCGUUCCCGUUGGCGCCGUCGUGCCAAAGUUCUUUGGCUACUAUGAGCCGGUUUUCGACCCGAAUGACCUACAUGUUUCAGAUGAAGUAAAGGAAGAAAUGCGCCACUGCAUCGAGGGACUCAGCCCGAUCCUACUUAUGGAACACUGCGGCCAGCCCAUCGAUUCUAGUGCAUUCUCCUACGACGACAAGAUGGAGUGUUUUUCCCUCCUUCAACGUUUGCACCACGAGGACUUCCUCCAGAACUCAUUCCACAGACGCAAUAUCCUCGUCCAGCCCGGUCCACUGACAGCCCCACCUAUACAGCGCUCACACAAGCAGCCCUCAUUCCGUAUCAUCGACUUCGGUCGUACGAAAGACUGGGGCGCCGUAAUCGACAAGGUGAAACGCAAUCACAGUGCCAAGGAUGUUGCUGAGAUCCUCAAAACAAAGCGGGACACGCUUCGUUUUGACAAGCAGCAAGAGUCCAAGAGCGCCUGGGAGGAGCUGUCAAUGGACGAUUACAAUUAUUGAGAUGCAUGAUGAACGGCGAUCUACCUCUGAUUUCGGUGUGACACGUUUAGAUAUUGUAUUUGCUAUCAUCUUUCUCUGUUACUGCGGCCUCGAUGUACUUUUGUGAAAUGAAACUUGACUGGUAGCGGUCAAGACUUUGUCG